AUGAGUCGCCGGUUAUUCACACGGAUUGCUGAUGAUUUGGCGGGGCUAGACCCGUUUUUCACGCAACGACCCGAUGCUCGGAAUUAUGAAGGGUUCACCACGUUACAAAAGUGUACUGCGGCCAUUCGCCAACUGGCGUACAGGACAGUGGCCGACGUUUUGGACGAGUACUUACAGGUGUCGGCAAGAACUACGUGGGAAUGUUUGUAUCGGUUUUGCCAUAUUGUGGUGAAACUGUAUAGCAAACCGUAUUUGCGGAAACCAAACGCGUAUGAUGUUCAACAGUUGUACCAAGCUCAAGAAGCACAGCACGGGUUUCCGGGAAUGCUUGGUAGCACUGAUUGUAUGCAUUGGGCGUGGCAUAACUGCCCGACUGCGUGGCGCGGCCAACACACGCGAGGUGAUCACGGCCAUCCAACUUUAAUACUUGAGGCUGUGGCGUCACAAGAUUUGUGGAUCUGA